AAAAUCGUCCUGCCGUGCCAUCUUUAACCAGGCUCACUUCGCUGUGCAUUGUUUCGGAUCAGCUGUACAUGGAUCCGAAACCCCACCCAGCGAGGAAGGGCAAGCUAUAGGGAAACAGUCGGGUAGUGAAAAAAUACAGGGUGUCGUAAGGAGCUGGAGUGGAAAUUGAACGUAGUCGAAAUAUACGAUCUACAUUUACGCAAAAAAGCGAAUCGUAUAGAAAUAACACACCCUAGCUAGCAAGCUAGUAUUCCGCGUUCUCUGUGUGCGAUCUCAGCACGGCGGUGGUGUAGACAGUCAGCUGAUAUUUUGCUACAACAAUAUCCUCUCCACCGAGCCGCUUUUCCAAGAUGAUCGCCUUGUUUAACAAGCUCCUGGACUGGUUUAAAGCGCUGUUUUGGAAGGAGGAGAUGGAGUUGACACUGGUCGGUCUACAAUAUUCGGGGAAGACUACCUUUGUGAAUGUGAUUGCGUCUGGCCAGUUCAGUGAGGACAUGAUCCCCACUGUUGGCUUCAACAUGAGGAAGAUCACAAAGGGAAAUGUCACCAUCAAGCUGUGGGACAUUGGUGGACAGCCGCGGUUCCGGAGCAUGUGGGAGCGUUACUGUCGCGGCGUCAGCGCCAUUGUGUACAUGGUUGAUGCUGCUGACCCAGAGAAGAUUGAGGCCUCAAAGAAUGAACUGCACAACUUGUUGGACAAACCCCAGCUCCAGGGUAUUCCUGAAUCUGUCUGCCAUCCAGGACAGAGAGAUCUGCUGUUACUCCAUCUCCUGCAAGGAAAAGGAUAACAUUG